UGUCGGGUUGGAUAUUUUGGACGGGUUGGACGGUCCAAAAGAUUAUAUGGACUCGGACCUCCAACUAUCGGACGGUCCAAAAGAUUAUAUGGACGGGUUCGAGACUAGGGCUCCGACCUCCAACAAUCGGAGGAACUAAAGGCUUUACCGGCGGCAUUCCCCUCUGUCUGGCGGCACUUCUCUCCAAGGAUCUUAUCGGCGAUUUUCUCUCGCCCUCUCCCUCUCUCCAGCGAUAGGAGGCUCUGUUUUUCUCUCAUUCAAGUGUUCUCUGGCGACAUUCCCCUCUGUCCAGCGGCACUCCCUUCUCUCCUAGGAUCUCCAACGAUAAGAGGCUCUAUUAUUCACUCAUUCAAGUUUUCGUUGGCGAAACUCCCCUCUCUCCAACGAAAUUAUCUGGCGGAAGUCCUCUCUCUAUCUGCUAAUUCAGCCUAUAAAGAUUGGCAGUAUCAUCCCAUGCAUAAUGGAGAAGAGUUGCACCUUCAGAGAACGCUUGCAUGCAGUAGAGAUAUCCACAUAUGCAUUAAAAGCUGCAUUCAGUAGUGCUCCUAGCACUAAGAUUAAGGAGGAAUCAUACCAACACUAAUAAAGUCUUCUAACCUUGAUGAUGGGAACACUCUGAAUUACUUUGGGAAGAACAUCCCCAUUAAUCUUGUUGUUGCUGUCAUUGCUGAAAUUGUUCUUGUUGGGGGUGCAGGAUAUUACAGAAUCAUAAAUGGUGAAUGGCCUGAGGUUGUCCAUGACCCAGACCAUGAAUAUAACCAAGUUACAGCAUUCCAUUUCAACUUAUGAGCCUACUUCACGUUGUGCAACUUUGAAUUCUACAGUCAAUGCUGUAAGGAAGCAGAGGUUUACAGUUGCCUUGCCAAAAUUAUCUGGAUCUCGAUCAUUCAUCCAGUGUGCUGUUCGGUUUAGACCUUGCAUUGAUAUUCACAAGGGAAAAGUGAAACAAAUUGUUGGAUCUACCCUCCGGGAUUUGAAAGAGGACAAGUCAAGUCUUAUAACAAAUUUUGAAUCAGAUAAGUCAGCAGCAGAAUAUGCAAACCUGUACAAACAGGAUGGACUUACAGGUGGUCAUGUAAUAAUGCUGGGCGCAGAUGCAUUGAGUAUUUCAGCAGCAAUUGAGGCUUUGCAUGCCUAUCCGGGUGGAUUGCAGGUUGGAGGUGGGAUCAAUUCAGACAAUGCAUUGAGUUAUCUAGAGGAAGGGGCAAGCCAUGUCAUUGUUACAUCAUAUGUUUUCAAAGAUGGACAAAUGGACCUUGAAAGGCUCAAAGAUCUUGUACGUAUUAUUGGCAAACAAAGACUUGUGCUGGAUCUAAGCUGCAGAAGGAAGGAAGGGAAAUAUGCAGUUGUGACUGAUAGAUGGCAGAAGUUUAGUGAUGUAUAUCUUGAUGAGGAAACUUUAAAUUUUCUUGCCACCUAUGCUGAUGAGUUUCUGGUUCAUGGAGUUGAUGUUGAAGGAAAAAAGCUAGGAAUUGAUGUCGACCUCGUGGCAUUGCUUGGGAGGAGCUCACCGAUUCCGGUGACAUAUGCUGGUGGAGUCGCAACAAUGGCCGAUUUAGAAACGAUAAAGGCAUCGGGGAUGGGACGAGUGGAUGUUACAGUAGGGAGUGCUCUGGAUAUUUUUGGCGGUGACUUGGCAUACAAGGAUGUUGUUGCUUGGCAUGAUAAGCAGGCAGCUGUGGCAGUUUAAGUUUGUUUGGUUCAAUUCUCAUUAUUGCUCAUUAUAUUUAAUAAUAAAAUUUUAGAAUGGACAAAAAUUGGUAAAAAGUGUGCAGAAUGAGAAAAUGUUGCUACAAACCAAACUCUUUCCAAAAAAAAUCUUUUUGUUGGUGUGGCUUCUGGUGAA